AUGGGUGUAGCUAGAGGUUCAGCUUACCUUCAUGAAGAGUCUUGCCUCCAUAUUAUACACGGUGAUGUAAAAGCUAGUAAUAUUCUACUUGAUCAUGAGGUUACCCCUAAAAUAUCUAAUUUUGGUUUGGCCAAAUUAUAUGACUAUAAAAAGACCCAUAUAAGCACUUGUGUGGCUGGGACAAUUGGAUAUCUUGCUCCUGAGUAUGCUAUGCGUGGGCACCUUACAGAGAAAGCAUAUGUGUUUUCCUUUGGCGUUUUGGCCCUAGAGAUAGUUAGUGGGAGGCCAAAUUCUGAUUCAAGCCUGGAAGGGGAGAAGAUAUAUCUCCUUGAAUGGACUUGGCAGCUGCAUGAGAACAACUGUAUAAUUGGACUGGUGGAUCCUAGACUAUCAAAAGAUUUCAAUGAGGAAGAAGUAAAAAGGAAUGUUGGUAUAUCUCUUCUGUGCACUCAAGCAUCACCAUCGCUAAGGCUGGCGAUGUCCUGUGUCAAGGCAACGCUGUCUAGAGAUAUCGAAGUGAGCACUGUAACUGCAAAGCCUGGAUACUUGACAGACUGGAAAUUUGAUGAUGUGAGCAACUUCAUGACUGGCAGGGCCACAAAGGGAUCAACAUCAGGUACAAGUCAAUAUAACUCAUCCCCAACUAGCAGCACAGUUAGUGGUCCAACCAAAUCACCUGGAGAUGCUUCUAAGCCCAUCCUUCAUCGCAUUUUUGGCAAAGGUAGAUGAGAAUUGAUUGAUCAUGCGUGUUCUCA